AUGAAAUUCUGGAGCUCCGAUGACAGUACCCUCCAAAUGGAUGCAUACGCUGCAAACCAAUGGUCGUUGGACUGGCAUCUUCCUCUGAAUGACGAAAAGUGCGUCCAUAUGUCAUUUGGAGAGGGCUCAGCGAAUGCCUUUGUCAGAUAUGGCGAAAGGGGACCAGAAAACCUCAUUGGGGUAGACACCAAAAAGGAUUUGGGUAUCUGGGUCUCCUCAAACUUGUCCUUCUCACUGCACUGUGAGAAAUCAGCCCAAAAAGCAUUCGCCAUUUUACGGAUGAUUCGGCGCACCUUUCCCCGUAUUACUCGAAUGGACUUCCGGGUGAUUUAUGGAGCCUUCGUGGGACUGCUCUCGGAAUACGCCAGCGAAAUUGUCUACUCAGGACGUACGAAAGACCACACCCUCAUUGAACGUGUCCAGCGAGCCGCUACGAAAAUGGUUGCCAGCCUCAAGUCCGUGGACCGCGAAACACGACUAGUGAUGCUUGAUCUCCUUCCGCCGGAGUAUCGUCGCCUCCGAGAGGAUCUUAUUCUUACUUAUGCCCUGUUUGAAAAAAGCUUGGCCGACAGGUUUUUCACCGUUGACCCAAUGAUUGCUGUUCAGAUAAGGGAGGGUGAAUUCACAUCAACUAUAUAUGGCGCGAUAAAGGAGCAGAAGUAUAAAGAAGCGGUGGCAAUACUUAACCAGCAAUUGCUCACGCACCCAGGCAGCCGUGCAGCUUUAUCCCUUUUGGGGUAUUGCUUUUAUCAAAUGCAAGAAUUCGUCAACGCGUCUGACUGCUAUGAACAACUGACUCAGUUGUACCCUGAGGUAGAAGAAUACAAGUUGCUGUUUGCUCAGUCGCUUUACAAGUCCGACUUGUUCCCGGCAGCGAUGAAGAUGGCUGUUCAGAUUGAGGAUCCAAAGUAUCGAGAAAAAGUGGUCAAGCUUCAGGCGGCAAUUCGGUAUGGUGAGGGUGAUUUAGCUGGGGCACGCAGUUUGGUCGAACAAAGUCUUACUGAUGACCCUGAAUCAAUAGUAAACCUAGGUUGUCUGUUUUACCGCGAAGGAAACUAUGAGCAAGCCUGUCAGCACUUUCAACAAGCCAUACAAACGCUCGGGUUUCAGCCUACACUGGCCUACAAUAUUGCUCUCUGCUAUUAUCAGUUGAAACAGUACGCUCAAGCUUUGAAGCAUAUCGCUGAUGUUAUUGAGCGUGGUAUAAGAGAUCACCCUGAACUUGGGGUUGGCAUGACAACUGAAGGACUGGAAGUAAGGAGCGUGGGAAAUACCCUAACGUUGCGAGAAACGGCGCUUGUGGAAACGUUCAACUUAAAAGCUGCGAUAGAAUACAACCUGAAGAACCCUACUGCCGCAUCUGAGGCACUUACUGAUAUGCCUCCAAGGACGGAAGAAGAGUUAGAUCACAUAACACUGCACAAUCAAGCACUGAUGAACAUGGACAAUGAACCCGCUGCUGGGUUUCAGAAGUUACAAUUCCUACUCCAACAAGAAACGUUUCCAGCCGAGACGUUCGCCAACCUUUUACUUCUGUACAUAAAGUAUGAAUAUUUUGACCUUGCAGCCGACGUGCUGGCGGAGAAUGCCCCUUUGGCAUAUGAAUAUUUGUCUCCGGAGUUGUAUGACUUUAUCGAAGCAGUGAUCCUUCGACAAUCAGCUCCACAGGAUGCUUACAACCGAUUGGACCAAAUGGCCGCCAAGCACACAGAACAGUUGCGUCGUCUGACAAAGGCUGUUCAAGAAGCACGCCAGGCUCAAGAUGACGAAGCCGUGAAGAAAGCAGUCUGUGACUAUGACUCUGCCUUGGAAAGAUAUAUACCGGUCCUUAUGCAACAGGCAAAAAUCUAUUGGGAUAUGGAAAAUUAUCAACAGGUGGAGAAGAUAUUUAGAAAAUCCGUGGAAUUUUGCAACGAUCAUCGUGUUUGGAAGUUGAACGUUGCACACGUACUGUUUAUGCAAGAAAACAAAUACAAAGAAGCUAGUGGAUUCUAUGAGCCGAUUGUGAAGAAACAUUUUGAUAACAUACUCGGCGUGAGUGCAGUGAUUUUGGCCAAUUUGUGCGUGACGUAUAUCAUGACCAGUCAGAAUGAGGAUGCGGAGGAACUGAUGCGAAAGAUCGAGAAGGAAGAGGAGGCUAUCACGUACGAGGAUCCGGAGAGAAAAGUCUUCCAUUUGUGCAUUGUCAAUUUGGUGAUUGGGACACUUUAUUGCGCCAAAGGCAACUACGAAUUUGGAAUAAGUCGAGUGAUCAAGAGUCUUGAACCAUAUCAGAAGAAGUUGGGAUCGGACACAUGGUACUACGCAAAACGUUGUUUCCUGUCAUUGAUUGAGAAUUUGGCCAAGCAUAUGAUUCUGGUCAGAGAUGCAGUCCUCUUAGACUGUAUCCAAUUUCUGGAACAUUGUGAACUCUACGGGCGUGAUGUCAAGGCAUUUAUCGAACAACCAUUGGACUCGGUGAAAGUUCAUCCCGGUCAGAAUACAGUCACCUAUGAAGCGAGGCUUUUGAAGUCCUUACUUUUGGAAAUUAUUCAUAAAUGAACAAUUACUUUGAUUGACUUUGACCAGCAAAUUAUUAUAUAUUUUCACCUAAAAGUUAUUUCGGUCUUUGUUGAAAAUGUG